UGCAGAUCUAAGAAAAAUCUGCAAAACCCAUUGCUCACAACCCAUAUCGCCAAGCCAAUAUCUUUUUUCAUUCUUCAUUCACUGUCGAUAUAUUAUUCAAUCAUUGAGACUAUCUGCCUUCUUUUUCAAACAUGGCGAAGAGUGGUCGAGCCAGUGUCAUCAAGCGCAACAGGGCCAGUUUGCGAGCCACUGUCUUUGCGCCUGCCGUCGAUGCAAGAACUGAAAGACUCUCCGCAAAGCUGCAGGAACUUGCCGCCCAGCCAAAGCCAAAUGAAAGCAAAUCAAAGAUGGAGUUGGACUCAACAAACUGUGAUGCCCAAGCUAGUGAGGCAAAGUCAAAGACAACAGAAUCUAAUGAAGAUAUGGAUAUCGAUCAGAAACCCCAUUAUACCCACGGUCGCUCUAAAAAGUCAGGGCGCAUUCAGAAGAAUAAGAAAAAUCGCUCAUCGAUAGUCUUCCGUCCUCACCCUUUGAAGGCCAAAAGAAUGUCUAAGAAGAAAUAAAUGAACUCGCCUUGCGCAUGUUCAGCUUGCAAAAGUUUACAUCUGGAGUUCUGGAGUUCAUAUGUGAUCUGGCUUCAUAUCAUUAGCCAUCUCGUCAUUUGCCCGUUCAGCUAGGUCAUGGUUAAGGACGGUUCGCAAUCGAACAGUCGAGCAACACAGAUACAAUACAUUUUCGUUGUCCAGGUUUCUAUUUCACAAACAGAAUGUCUGAGUAGGUGAUAAGCUCUCAAGUUUCCAGAAACGACGUAGCAGUAUUUCGAAACCCUUAUCAUAAUGG